GUUUCUCCCUCUCCACUCAAUCUUCCCUCAAAUCGUCGAGGAUUUUGCCAGAGAAUGGAUGGCCGGAGUUGCUUCCGUUUGUUUUCCAGUGUGUUUCUUCUGAUUCCCCUAAAUUGCAGGAAUCGGCGUUUGUAAUCUUGGCACAAUUGUCGCAGUACGUUGGGGAAACUCUGACUCCUCACAUCAAGCUUCUCCAUGGCAUGUUUCUUUAGUGCUUGAGUAGUAACUCUGCUAGCUCCGAUGUUAAAAUCGCCGCUUUUGAUUGAAUUGGCUGGUACCCGUCAUCUUCUCUUAAAUCUACCGACUUUGGCCUCUCUGUUUUCUGCAAACCAGCCACAUUCCCAAUAAAACUCUACAAUGAAAUGAGACGCGUUGAACACGUCGACCAUGCUCGCAAAUCCGCUGAACAAGCCGUAAAGGCAAUCAAGGCGGCUGAGGAAGGGAACUCAAUUCCGGAAUAUGACUAUCUUCCAUACUUCUACUCUCGAGCCUUUGAUCUCUCAUGGCAACUCUACGGCGACAACGUUGGAGAAAGCGUAUUGUUUGGGGACAAUGCAAUUGCUAAACUUGCACGAGCACAACCUUCUGUUGAGAGCCUUGAAGUGCUGUUUAAGGAAGGCCUUUCCUUCGCCACAAAGAUAUAAAUUGCCUUUCUAGGUUGUUUGUUAGUGUGAGCUUUGAGUUCGAGUGGCUUUUAUGUCAUUUUGCUAUUAUGAUAGCAGAGUGGACAUUUUUGUUAUUUGUUUGACUCUCUUCUUUGGAUUGUUUGGUUCCAAAAUAAAAUUGAAAGUUACUC